UGAACAUUGCAACAUUAGGACAUGACACGUUGAGACUUAGGCAAUGAACACUCACGUCUUCACUUUGACACGUGUAUAUCAACCAAGUUUUUACGUGGAACUACGUCAACAAGAGAUCCCCCUCUCUUCAUAAAUUCUACUCCUGCAGCUUCUGCACUGUCAACUUCAUUCUUAUCCACCGUUUGAAUCAUCAUCAUCAUCAUAUCACUAAAAGAAUAGAAUCAUGUCAGGCGUAUCUCUAGCGGUAGGUCCAAGAACCGACGUGGACAAAACGUCUUCAUCUUCCGGUGAGAAGGGACGGUGGUCGGGGAUGACGGCGGCAGGAGGUGGCGGUUUGAUGGGGUCUCUGAGGGUAAUAGAGCUACAGCUAGUGGCGUUCAUACUUGUCUUCUCAGCGAGCGGCCUCGUACCGAUACUUGACAUGCUCUUUCCAGCGUUUGCGUCUGUCUAUAUAAUUGCACUCUCGCGUUUAGCUUUCCCUUCUCACGGUGUUUCAACCGCUCCCCGUGAAGUCUUCCACGGCAGCAAACUCUUCAGGAUGUACGUGGUUUCGGGGACAACGAUUGGUCUGUUCUUGCCUUUAGCUUACGUAUUAGGUGGUUUUGCAAGAGGAGAUGAUCAUGCGGUAAGAUCAGCGACACCGCAUUUGUUUCUACUGUCUUGUCAAAUCCUUACAGAGAAUGUAAUAAGUGGCCUUUCUCUGUUCUCGCCACCCGUAAGAGCUCUUGUCCCUCUGCUCUACACCGUCUGGAGAAUCUUUGUCAUCAUUGAUUGGUCAAAAGAUGUCUGGCUCAACAAGUCUUUACCAAUGAAUGCUACACCCAAUGCGGUUGCAUGGUUCUGGUUUGGACGCUAUUUAGCAGUAGCGAACUUGGGCUACUUUGGAGUGAAUCUACUCUGUUUCUUGAUCCCUAGGUUCCUGCCUCGUGCCUUCGACCAUUACUUCAGAGAAAGAGACGAGAUGUUGGCCAAAAGCCAAGAAGACAGGCCAGUUCAAGUUCCUAGAUCAAAAUCUUCUGACCACAAGUCUGAUUGAUCGUCUUUGUUUUCUUCCAAAUUUGUAAUGUAACAAACUAAGUUGCUUACUAUCGAGAUAGUGAUAAGAUUUCAUUAGUAGGGCGAAAAUGGAACAAUGUGGUUGUGGGAUGUACAAAGUUUUGCUCUUAGGACUUAAAGAAAAUGUGAAAUCAGUUCACCCA